CUCCAGGUGCCGGAGGCUGAAGCCGGCAAACAUGGCUGUCACCUACUGUUUUAGCCGGGGUGUGGCUGUCCUGGCAGGGUUGCUGCUCUUGUCCUUCGGCAGCUUGGCCACUAGUCAGAUCGAGGAACAAGCAGAGCAGUUCUUUAGAAGUGGCCACACAAACAACUGGGCUGUUUUGGUGUGCACAUCCCGAUUCUGGUUUAAUUAUCGACAUGUUGCAAAUACACUUUCUGUGUAUAGAAGUGUGAAGAGACUAGGGAUUCCUGACAGCCACAUUGUUCUGAUGCUUGCAGAUGAUAUGGCCUGCAACCCUAGGAAUCCCAAGCCAGCUACAGUAUUUAGUCACAAGAAUAUGGAACUAAAUGUAUAUGGAGAUGAUGUGGAAGUAGAUUAUAGAAGUUAUGAGGUAACUGUGGAGAAUUUUUUACGGGUAUUAACUGGGAGGAUCCCACCUAGUACUCCUCGGUCAAAACGUCUUCUUUCUGAUGAUAGGAGCAAUAUUCUUAUUUAUAUGACAGGACAUGGUGGAAAUGGUUUCUUGAAAUUUCAAGAUUCUGAAGAAAUUACCAACAUAGAACUUGCAGAUGCUUUUGAACAAAUGUGGCAGAAAAGACGCUACAAUGAGCUACUGUUUAUUAUUGAUACUUGUCAAGGAGCAUCCAUGUAUGAGCGAUUUUAUUCUCCUAACAUAAUGGCUUUAGCGAGUAGCCAAGUAGGGGAGGAUUCACUUUCGCAUCAACCUGAUCCGGCAAUUGGAGUUCACCUUAUGGAUAGAUACACAUUUUAUGUCUUAGAAUUUUUGGAAGAAAUUAAUCCAGCUAGCCAAACUAAUAUGAAUGACCUUUUUCAGGUAUGUCCGAAAAGUCUAUGUGUGUCUACUCCUGGACAUCGCACUGAUCUUUUUCAGAGGGAUCCUAAAAAUGUCCUGAUAACCGAUUUCUUUGGAAGUGUUCGGAAAGUGGAAAUUACAACAGAGACUAUUAGUUUGCAACCAGAUUUAGGAAUCCUGGAAAGCAGAGAUAAGGAAGACUGGAUGGAUGAGGAACUAAUAGAACCCCUGAAAUAUGCUGAACAACUUCCUGUAGCUCAGAUAAUACACCAGAAACCAAAGCUGAAAGAUUGGCAUCCUCCUGGAGGUUUUAUUCUGGGAUUGUGGGCACUCAUCAUCAUGGUUUUCUUCAAAACUUAUGGGAUCAAGCACAUGAAGUUCAUUUUCUAGACGUGAUGAUGCAUAAAGAGGACUGCAUGGAAGACUAUAAUCUUAGAUGAAAAUUUAUGUCGUAUCUUUUUAAAGAUACAUUGCUCUUGUGUGAAUUGGCAAAAAAUAUAAGGAAACUAAAUUUGAUGCACUAUUGUUUUUUAACUUAAAGGAAAAUAAUUGUUAAUGCAAGUGUUAAAUGGCACUAAAUAUA